AUGGAGCAUCUUGCCAUCCUCGUGCUGUUAUGUCUGCCAGUCUGCUCCGCGUAUCCACUGAAUGGAGCAGCGAGGAAGGAGGGCUCAACCACGGAUUUUGUCCAGCAAUACCUGGAAAAUUACUACAACCUUGCAAAAGAUACCAAACCAUUUGUUAGAAGAAGGGACGGUGGUCCUGUUGUUGAAAAACUCCGAGAAAUGCAGAAGUUCCUCGGGCUGGAGGUGACGGGGAAGCUGGACUCGGACACUCUGGAGAUGAUGCACAAGCCCAGGUGUGGGGUCCCCGAUGUCGGCGACUUCACCACCUUCCCUGGCAUGCCGAGGUGGAGGAAAACACACCUUACUUACAGGAUUAUGAAUUAUAUGCUGGAUUUGCCAAGAGACGCUGUUGAUUCUGCCAUUGAGAAAGCUCUGAGCCUCUGGGAGGAGGUGACUCCACUGACUUUCUCCAAGGCUGACGACGGAGAGGCUGACAUAAAGAUCUUAUUUGCAGUUAGAGAUCAUGGAGACUUUAUCCCCUUUGAUGGACCUGGAAAAGUUCUGGCUCAUGCCUACCCGCCCGGGCCCGGCAUUUACGGAGAUGCGCACUUUGACGAUGACGAGCCAUGGACGAGGGAUACUUCCGAAGGUCCUGCCCCGGAACCCCCUGGUAGGAGGCAUUUUUGGCGCAAAUCCCUCAGGACGCUUGAACCUGGAUUUUACCUGAUCUCCUCGUUUUGGCCCUCCCUUCCUUCAGGCCUGGAUGCUGCAUAUGAAGAAACUAGCAAGGACAUUGUUUUCGUUUUUAAAGGAAAUCAGUUCUGGGCCAUCAGAGGAACUGAGGCACAAGCUGGUUAUCCAAAAAGCAUCCACACACUCGGUUUUCCCUCAACCUUUAGGAAAAUUGAUGCAGCCGUUUUUGAUAAGGAAAAGAAGAAAACGUACUUCUUUGUAGGGGACAAAUACUGGCAGUUUGAUGAAAAUAGCCAGUCCGUGGAGCAAGGCUUCCCCAGACUAAUCGUGGAUGAUCUUCCAGGGGUUGAGCCGGAAGUCGAUGCUGUAUUUCAGGAAUUUGGAUUUUUCUAUUUCUUCAGAGGAUCGUUACAGUUUGAGUUUGAUCCUGAUGCCAGGAUGGUGACACGUAUACUGAAGAGUAACAACUGGUUUUAUUGUUAG